AAAAUCUCUGCCAGUGUCUCCUGGCAGUCACACUUGAUUGAGAGAGGUAUAAAGACCUUUUCAGUAAUCUGUUUUCAAACGGUUCAAUAGACCUUUAAUAAUAGCUGCGAGAACAAUGAACAACUUUUGGAAAGCAGUGAUCGUCCUGAGCGCCGCUAUUGCAGCAGCUCAAUGCCUGACCUGCCGCGAGUGUACCAUCGGUGUACUUGGGUCAUGCCUGUUUCAAAGUGACGUCAGCUGCAACAAUCAAACAGAGAGCUGCUACAGGGGAGAUGCCCAGUUCAACGUUACGGGGACCAUUUCCCUGCACACCCGCGGCUGCCUGAACAGAAACCUGUGCAACCGUACGGUGACUAGUUCCAUCUUGGGCGCUAGCUACACCAGCGACUUCAGGUGUUGCGAAACCGACUUGUGUAACGGGGCCACCUCCGUUCAGCUCCCUCUGGCCGUGGCCCUCUGCGCCGCCCUCUUGUCCUCUGUCUGGGGCUUCUCGGAGUUUUAGCACCAUGUGAGCGGCCUCAUUUCCCCCCCAAGAGGAUUUUAACUCCACUUUCUGCACUGAUUCUUAAACUAAUCAACAUUUUGUGAUGUCUCUUACUCACAUUGAAAUUAAUUAAUCAAUCAACAGUAUCAAUUUUAGCAUCGUUUGUCAUCUUAAAAUAAAUAAAUGACUUAAAAAAAAAA